AUGGCCCUCGCAUCACUCGCCAAAGCCCUCCCCAAGCCGAAGUAUACCGGCGAAGAUGAAGACCUGCCCGUCCACACCCAGUCGCGAGGACCCCGAAUAGUCGGUGCAGACACCCUCGACCAAACUCAGAUCCGCACCGGCCCACCCCCCUACGGCCAACGCGCGGGCUGGCGCCCCCGUAACCCCGCCGACUAUGGCGACGGCGGCGCCUUCCCCGAGAUCCCCGUGGCCCAAUAUCCCCUCGAUAUGGGCCGUAAAAGCACCAGCUCCUCCAACGCGCUCGCUAUCCAAGUCGACGCAGAAGGGAAGGUGAAAUACGACGCCAUCGCGCGACGGGGCCACAGCGAGAACCGCAUCAUACACUCGAGCUUCAGGGACCUGAUACCGCUGAGGCAGAGGGCUGAUGUGGGGGAGAUCAGUCUGGAGAGGCCGAGCGAGGAGGAGGUGGAGGCGGCGAAGGAGCGCACGAAAAUGGCGCUGGAAAAGCUGGUUAAUGGGGCGGUGGCGGCGCAGAAGCCGAAGAAUGUGAAGACGGGAAGGGGGGAGGCUACGUUUGUGAGGUAUACGCCCGCCGACCAAAUGGGCGACACGUCCAAGAAGCAGGAUCGCCUCUUCAAGAUCGUCGAGCGACAAAUCGACCCGCUUGAACCUCCAAAAUUCAAGCACAAGAAGAUACCCAGAGGGCCGCCCAGUCCGCCCCCACCAGUCAUGCACAGUCCGCCUCGCAAACUCACCGCCGAAGACCAAGAGAUGUGGAAGAUACCGCCGCCAGUGUCCAACUGGAAGAAUCCCAAAGGAUAUACGGUUCCACUCGACAAGCGACUUGCAGCCGACGGACGUGGUUUGCAGGAUGUCACCAUUAACGACAAGUUCGCGCAGUUUUCUGAAGCGUUGUUCACAGCGGAUCGGCACGCAAGAGAAGAAGUCAAGCAGAGGCAGUUAAUGCAACAGAAGCUGGCCGAGAAGGAGAAGGCGCAAAAGGAGGAGCAUCUACGCAUGCUUGCUCAGAGGGCCAGGGAAGAGCGGGCAGCCGCCGGCGGUGCAAGGCGGAGGACAAGCGAUGCUUCACGGGCAAGCAGAAGUGGCUCGGAGGACUACUCGUCGCACUCGGACAGUGAAGAGGAAGCCGCGAGGGAACGGGAAGAGAAGAGAAAAGAGCGGAGGAGGGAGAACGAGAGGCAGUUGCGGCAGUCCCGCAUGGGUACGGAGCGGCGCAUACAGAUGAUGGCACGCGAGCAGAACCGCGACAUCUCGGAGAAAGUAGCGCUCGGUCUGGCGAAGCCAACGCAGUCGGCGGAGUCGAUGUACGACUCGAGGUUGUUCAAUCAGACUAGUGGGUUUGAUACCGGGUUCAAUGAGGACCAGCACUACGACAAGCCGCUGUUUGCCGCGCAGGACGCCAUCAGCAGCAUCUACCGGCCGAAGGUCAACCAAGAUGAUGACGAGGAGGAUGCAGGGGACACUUAUGACAAGAUCGCGAAGAGUAAUCGGUUUGAGGUGCUUGGACGGGCGAAAGAGGGGUUCAGGGGCGCUGCAGAUGCUGAGGAGCGGAGCGGCCCGGUGCAAUUCGAGAAAGACACUGCGGAUCCCUUUAAUAUCAGUGAGAUGAUUGCUGAGGCCACAGGUGGCGCGGCAGGCAGCAGUAAGAAGUACGGAGUGCAAGACGCGGAGUCCUCGCGGGCGUCGAAGAGGGCUAGGGUGGACGCUGAUGAUGAGGAUGAUGUGCCCAAGAGGGCGCGGUUGAGCGACGACGAUGACGAUCGAUAG